AUGGAGAAAAUAAACGCUGCCAAGGUAAACUGGGACAAAGAGGGAGAUUUGGAAGCAACUGCUAGGCCAUUUCCAGCAUCCAGCUGCGAAGGAUACAGUAACUGCACGCCCUUUGAACUCUUCGAAAAAAUUUUUGAUGACGAAUUAAUCGAACUAUUGAAUAACACUCUAAAAAUAUAUUCUUAUUGUUCUGUUCCAGCUGCUGCUGUUACUUUUUUAAUAUGGGAAGUGACAAUGGUUAUCUCGAUGCAUACCGAUAAUUACGACAUAACUGAUGCGGUGUACCACUCGUUAUGGUACAUGACGGAUAUUAAGACAAGGAAAGAUAUUAUAUUUAUUCUAAUGAGCAGUAAUAUCACGCUUCAGUUGGAGGCACUACCGUUAGGACAAAUGAAUUUUGCUUUGUUGCUUAUGAUAAUGAAAGGGGCAUUUUCCUACAUGGCACUUCUUCAGAAUUCUUCAUAAUUUGUUUUUUAAUUUAACUAAAGUAAAAACUAGUGUUCUAAAAUAAAACGAUAAACUAAAAUUGUACGU